UGUUUGUGUAGUUUCAUUGUCCGCGUGUCCGGUGUUGCUCGCGUGAACGGCGUUCUGAACAUGGGCUCUAACGGAGAUGAGAAAGCUUUCGAACAGAUCCUUCAAGAUAAUCUGAAAGAUUUCGCUGUCGGUAACGACGGCAAAUACUGUGGCUACUGUGAUUCGGAGGAAGAGAUCAAAAGACUAUUGAAUAGUCUUAAGUGCAUAGGGUAUUCAUACUCGGUAAGGAGCAGCCACCAUCGCCAAAAAUUGCAUGAAACCGCCACCAGCUGACCAUGUUAACCCAGCAAAAAAGAGAUUGUUGAUUAUGGAUACGAAAAAGAGCGAUUGCCCUGCCACUUUUUCAAUUAAAUGUGUUAAAGUGUAUCCAGGCUAUUCUGUUCAAUCAGUAGAUGAUCGUGAAAUUAAAAAGAAAGUUGUCCACAGUUUAAAACAGGCUUUGGAGGCAGCCAAUAAACCUGAAAGUGUUCUUCGCUUUUAUGUGAGGGCGUCACCACCAGACCACCAUACCCACAGCACAGAAAGCAUAAAAGCAAGUGGAGACAUACAUCCCUUGCUAGCUGUGGAAAUAGCAAAGGUUGUUGAAGAUGGAACUACAUCUGUGAGAAUAAUAAAGUUGCAUCUUGAAAGAUUUGUGAACAUAACCUUCACUGGACCACACAAGCCAGAUAAUAUGAACACUACAUUUUACCCCAAACAUCUCACAAUAUAUAGUCAUGUAUACAGGGCCCUUAAGAAAUUGAAGAAAAGUGUGUUUGACCAAGAGGCUUUGCAAAUGCAGGUUAAUGAGUGGCAGAAAGAAUAUAGAGGUGACAAUAUUUUUUUUCAGGCCUUUUUCAGAUGUUGAUGGAGAAAUACAGCCAUUGCUGUUUUGUUACGAGGGUGCAUGGCAGAAGGAUAUGUUAAAAAAAUAUGGAGAUGUAUGUUUGCUUGAUGCCACCUACAAAACAACAAAAUAUGACAUUCCUUUAUUUUUUGUUACAGUAAAGGCAAACGGAUGCUGUUUAGUGGUAGGUUUUUUCUUUAUUCAGGUAGAAGAUACAAGGUCAAUUGC